GUAUAAAUUACAGUACUCGUUGAUAAAAGAAGUCAGUUUUAGCCUUUUUGCCUUUUAACGAAGGUCGGGAGUCUCUGAGAUUUUUAUCUUGUUUGACCUACUUCUAAUCUUCGUUAAGUCAAGAGAUAUCACCCGAAAAAUUUUAAUUUCACGCAUUAUUAAAAAAAAACUGAUAAGAAACUUUCUGUGAUUUCGUUUCAAGAUAAGGAACGUCAACAAACGUCUAAACUUAGUAUGGAAUUCGCUCCUGAUCGCAACAGAGGUUUCAUUCACGCACUCCAAAUGGACAAAGACAACACAAAAAUCCUCGCAAUGCUCACGCUGGGCGGCGGAAGUUUGAUUUUCGGCUUGCUGCCUGCCUUUUUUUCGCGCCAAAGUCGUCGCCGGCAACCGUUGAUGGUCUCGAAUUUGCUGUGUUUCGGUGCUGGCGUCCUUUUGUCGACGUCUCUCAUUCACAUGUUGCCCGAAGUACGUGAAAAACUGCCGAAUUAUCCGGAGCUGAUCUUCUGCGGAGGCUUUUUCAUGGUUUACGUUGCGGAUGAACUCAUGCAUUGUCUUUGUGGCGAAGCAAUAAGACACAUUCACAAUGAUCCGCCUCGCGUACAGCAGCAUCACGGGCAUUCACAUUCACAUGGAACGGCACCUGGCUACGGAUCGCUGUCGGAAACGCAAAGUUUGUUAGAUGACAGCUCCGACAAUCGUCAAGCAGAUACAAUCCGCCAAAUCGAAGAUCGCGCGGAUGCCGAAGCAAAUGCCCGAAUUUGUCACACAAAUCACUCCGAACCGUGCGAACAAAGUCUCGCGGGGCACGCAGGACUUCUUUUAGCGCUUAGUUUGCAUUCCAUUCUCGAAGGCAUCGCUGUUGGCGUUCAAGACACUUCCGCAAAAGUUCUUUUGCUGCUCGGCGCAGUUGCUUGUCACAAAUUUGUCGUGGGUUUUUGUCUCGGAGUCGAACUUUCAUCGACGCCCGGCUCCCGUUUCCGCAAUCAUUUACUUGCAAUCCUCAUUUUUUCCUUCGGAUCCAUUCUCGGUAUCGGAAUUGGCAUGGCAAUCGUUGAUCUCAAGACGAUUUAUGACACGUCGGCGUUGCAAGUUUUGCAAGCAGUGGCGGGAGGGACUUUACUUUAUGUGACAGUGUGCGAAGUGUUGCCGCGCGAAAAGGCGAGAUGGCAUUUGAGUAAUAAAAAGUUUGCGGGAAUGGGUCAAUGUCUCUCUGUGAUGGCGGGAUUCGGGACAAUGACGUUGCUCAGUAUUUAUAUGAAAGAAGAAUAAACUUGAAAAUCAUCGAAUGACUGAAAAAAUGGUGAAAUUUAUCAAAGAAUCUGACCAAUUAAGAGAAUUUAGAAAUAAUUAGUGAUAGAAAUUAAUUUUUCGAAUAAAGUUGACGAAGUAUUAUGAUACCAAAAU